CUCCCGGCCCUUGCCGGCGUUAGGGAUGGUGUGCAAAUUACUCUCGCCUCCAGAGGCGGCCGGCUGGGAUGGGAAGUCGGAGUCACCCUUGAAUAUGCGGCUGCGAAUAAGUGGCACACACACGGGGAGGGAGCGAGCGGGGGACUGAGGCCCGUUCUUUCUCAGGCUUUCCCGCACUGCACUGGAGAGAGUUUUUAGGGAAGCCCUGGCGUGCUUGCGCAGCAGCGAUAUAGGGAGGUGCUGGAAGGCGACAUCAUUUCAUACUGUGUGAGAGAAGGCAAUGGUAAAGCACUCCUGUAUUCUACCAAAGAAAACCACAGGGCUCUGUGGUCUCCAGGAGUCGACACCGACUCGACGGUGCAACCUUUCCUUUCCAAGAGCAACUGAGCCAGAGGAAUCUCCUUGUCCAGGAACACCAGUGAAAACCAGCAAGCUAGCUAGUGGCCAGAAGUGGACUGCACACCACAGGAAAGAGAACUGCAGAGAUGCGCCCAGGUUUAAAAUAGAGGAGGUGUGCUUGCCAGAGCCAACACUCCCAAAGGCAGCUCCAGACAAUGGAUGAUAGUGAAGAUGACUGGCUGUCUCUCAAGCCCAAUGAACCGGUGCCAUCACAGUGCUGUGGCAGUGGCUGCAAACCCUGCAUCUAUGACGUAUAUCAGAAGGAGCUAGAGCAAUGGGAAGAGGCCAAAGCCAAAAAAGACAGAAGCCUCCUGAUGAGGAAGAAGCAGCAAAGUAGCAAUUCAAAACUAACUCCAGAAAGGUUUACGGCUUUCAUCAUAAGCUCUGUGGAUCAGCUGACAGAGGACACCUACCAGUAUAAAUUUGAAUUGCCUGAAAAUAGCCACCUGGGGUUGAGUUUAGGACAACAUAUUGUGCUAAGAGGACUUGUGAACGGUUUGGAGGUUCAGAGAGCCUAUACUCCAAUUACUCCUGUGAAUGCUGAAGGGUACUUUGAAGUUUUAAUAAAGUGCUAUGAGACUGGACUAAUGUCACAAUAUAUAAAAUCAUGGAAAGAAGGAGAUACAGUUUUUUGGAGAGGACCAUUUGGAGGCUUCCCGUAUGCAGCGAAUCAGUAUGGUGAACUUCUUAUGUUAGUUUCUGGAACUGGUCUAGCACCAAUGCUUCCAAUUCUUCGGUAUAUAACAGAAAAUGAGGAUGAUGAAACAUUUGUCACUCUAGUGGGCUGUUUCAGGACUUUUGAAAAUAUUUACAUGAAGUCUCUUCUUCAAGACCAGUCUCGAUUCUGGAACAUAAGGACAUUAUACAUAUUAAGCCAGGAGCAUUCACUCGAAGAUUUGCCUUGGAGUUUUCAAGAGAAUACACGAAUUGGUCGAAUAAAUGAAAAGAUUAUUAAGAGUGUGAUGAACACAUGUAGAAGGCAACCUUUUGUAUUGAUAUGUGGUUCAGUAACAUUUAGUGAAGAUAUGGAAAAAUACUUGAAAGCCAUAGGUCUCAAGGAAGAAUCAUAUUUCAUAUUUUAGAAAAUGUUUCAGUUAUACAACAGUGUAAAAAGGUUCAAAUGAAUAACAUAUCUUUGUUUGCUGUAACUUUAACAGAUCUUUGGCAAGGCUGAAUUCUUAAUGAAUAUAAUGUCGUGAUAAUGACUCGAGCACAGGAGUGCCUGUGUAUUAUGGAUGGAGAGGUGAGGUCAAACGAAAGAAAACUUUCUUUCAUGUUAUUUCACCUAAACCCAAACCUUCUGUAUCUUCUCAAAGAUUUCUUUUUGUACUAUUCGUGCUAGAAGGAACAUUUUUACAUUCAGAAUUGCCUGCUCAAUAGGUCUGUCAGUUUUUCACUGAAACUGUGGGCAAAUGGCUAAGUUGGGGGAAGCAGAAGUUGAAAAGCAGACAUGAAACCUCAAGACCACAGUUGGGUGGUCCCCACCCACCCCCCUUUCUUUAUAAUGGGAUUUUCUGCAUCCAAAUAGAGAAACACAGACUGACUCCGUUUCUUAGGAAAGGUCUCUUUAGCAGGUCAGUUUUCUGUACAAGUCUCCUUGAAGAAUUUGUCAAAGUAAAUAUAUUUUGAAUUUCUACAGAUUAAGAAAAUAGAUGAUAUAGUCACAUCAUUUGCACAUGCAUACUUCAGCUGAAAUGUUAAUGAGGAGAAAAGGGGAGGGUGAAGGGAGUGAGUGGGCAGAGAAGGAAGUGGGGCACAAACAGCCCCUGCCCUUGUUGCCUUUUGCCCUGGAAACAACUGUGAAGGGCCUCUGCCAGGGCUGGCUGCUAAAGUCUCUCCCCUCUUCCAGAGAAGCAUAAAUGUCUUGUAAAUAAAAGGUAACCAUUAUUACAGUUGAAUAGUUUGACUUAUGUCUCUGAGGUAAAUAGGAGAACAGGCUCAGUCAUGUGCACUUGGGCUUCUUAGCUCUAUCUGCUUCAUUUUGCUUCAUUUAGCCUCAGAAUUCAGUCCUCCUUUGUGGUUUUUAUUGCCCUCCAACCUUGUACCUCAUAAGGGGAAGGAUUACUGAGUUCCUUAUAAGAGCCAGAGGGCCCAGGACUUUUAACAGUUGCAUGACAGGCAGAUAUUCAGUAGGUGCAACUUGUUGAAUAUGAUGGCAGAAGCAGCACCUGUUGAUAUUCUGCCUUUACUUCAGCUGCUUGGCAACUGGAACUUCAAUGGGUGCAAUUCCCAUCUCCAAAUUCUGGGGGAAACUCCAAUAUCUGAGUUUCUGCCUGUCAUUCAUCUGUUAGACAGAGAGCAGCAGGCAUCAUGGAAGCAAGUAAUUCUUCAACUCUAAAAAUUAUCAUGUUUCCAGCAUGCCUGCUAUAUUUCCCAUUUUUGUUAAAACACAUUAUGGCGUUAAAUUCAUAACUGAUGGGUUUAAGACUGAUGCAUGCCUCUUUAUUACAUCUGGCAAUGCUAAAGCAGUACUUUUCACUUUCCUUGUUCUGAACACACAUAUUGAGCAUGGCACAUAUUACAUCCUACCUUUUGCUUUCACCCUCAUGAACAACUACCUUCUGAGGGAAUUUAAGUUCAGUGUUUAUAUGUAUGUGUGUGUGGGAGGUUAUUAAUAAAUGUGAAUAAUUUGUUCAGAUUGAUUUAUAAAUAUUAUUGUUUAACAAUA